UUCCCUUGAUCAGAAAUGGCCUCUGGAAGUGUUGUUUCAUUCUCUGGAAGUCCUUCCAUUACUUCCGAGAAGCUAGAUGGACAAAAUUACCUCUCUUGGUCCGCUGCUGUCGAGAUGUGGUUCCUUGGUCAAGGACAUCAUGACCACCUUGAGAAAGACGGAAGCCAUGUGCCUCGAGAAAAAGCCGAACAGUGGAAGCAAGCAGAUUUUCAAUUGUGUGCCUUGUUGUGGCAAUCCGUGGAGCCGAGACUAUUAAUGUCUCUUAGGGCAUUCAAAACAUGUCACUCGUUUUGGAAGAGGACUCAGAAUAUCUAUGCCAACGAUAUCCAACGCCUAUAUGAUUCGGCGGACAAGUUGGCAUCUCUGAAAAUGACCAAUCAUGACAUGAUCUCCUUCAUGAAUGAAGCACAAUCAGCCGUGGAAGACCUGCGGAUGUUUCUCGAAGUCGACGCUUCAGAUGAAAUGAAGAAGAAGCUGGACAAAUACUAUAUGGUGAUGAUUCUUCGCGCCAUUCAUCCAGACUUCAAUCACAUUAGAGAUCAACUGUUGACCUCUCAUGAGGUCCCUUCCAUGGACACCCUGAUCCAGCGUAUGAUUCGUGUCCCGAAAGUCCCAACACUUGAAAUUCAAGAAUCUCAUGCUCGAGUAGAUUCAUCUGUUAUGGCCGCUACUCGAGGAAGAGGAGGACGUGGACCUAGAGGAGGUGGACGUGGAGGCCGUGGACGUCCUCAAUGCACGUAUUGCAAGAGGAUGGGUCACACUCAAGAAAACUGUUACUCCUUACAUGGAUUUCCUGCCAAAACAGCCAAUGUCUCCCAGGCAGAGACUACUGACUCCAAGUUCACUGAGGACGAGUAUCAAGAGUACCUACGCCUCAAAUCCAACAGCUUGGCACAGUCAUCUCAAGCUCCAAGUACAUCAACUGUUUGUAUCUCCCAAUCCAUGGAAGGUCACAAUUCAUGGGUAAUUGACUCUGGUGCUUCUGAUCACAUUUCUGGAGCGUGGCUCGGGGAGACGGAUUGGAGAAGGAUAUGAAGCGGGCGGAUUAUACCAUUUUGGAUCUCGUCCACGUGUGUCAUGUGUUGCAGCCCCCAAUCCUAAAAUGUUACAUGAUCGGCUUGGUCACCCUCACCUGUCCAAGUUAAAGAAAAUGUUUCCUGAACUUAGUCGUCUCCAGACUUUAGAAUGUGAGUCAUGUCAACUAGGAAAACAUGUUAGAUCUACCUUUCCUAAAAGAUCUCAAUCAAAGUGUACUUCUAGUUUUUCUGUCAUCCAUUCCGAUAUCUGCGGACCUAGUCGUGUCUCAUCUUUUGGCUUUAGGUAUUUUGUUACUUUCAUUGAUGAAUAUUCGAGAUGUACUUGGGUUUAUCUUAUGAAAGAUCGUUCUGAA